AUUUGUUUUCCCAUAGUUAUUUUCACUUGUUUUUUGAUGGCAUUCGAAAUCUCGUACAAACAGUUAAAUGUUCCUUUGUCGGCGGAAGUUUUGGAUAUCCAUGAAACUAAUGAAAAUACUCGUUUUUUAAAAUCGAACAUUUUUGUAAAACCAAUGUCAGUUUUCAAAAUAUUUUCUUUUAUUAUUCUAUACUUGGGAUUGUCAAUAUGCCUCACGUUUUAUCAGAAAUGGAUAUUAAAGGCUGUGAAAUAUCCUUUGACAAUAGUGGUUAUUCACCUGAUAUUGAAAUUUUUUUUGGCUGCUUUUGUGAGGCUCGUAUCGCAAAAAAUUUAUUCAAGAACAUUACCAAACAUAGAUGUUCUUACCUCAGUGAGAACAAUAGGACCAACAGGAAUAGCUUCUGGAAUGGAUAUUGGAUUUUCUAAUUGGGGUUUGGAACUUGUAACUGUUUCCCUUUAUACUAUGACCAAGUCUAGUGCAAUUAUCUUUAUAUUGAUUUUUGCUAUACUAUUAAAAUUAGAAAAGCUGGCUGUCUCUCUCGUUUUUAUAGUAUGUAUGAUAGCUUCUGGCCUGUUCAUGUUUACAUACAAAUCAACCAGCUUUGAUGCUUUUGGAUUUGUGUUUUUAUUAAUUGCGUCUAUGGCUAGCGGAUUGCGACGGAGUUUUGCACAAAUGAUUAUGCAAACUUCUAAAUUUGGUCUUUGUAAUCCAAUUGAUAUGAUGUUUUACAUGCAGCCGUGGAUGUUUUUUUCAUUAUUGCCAUUUAUGUUGGGAUUUGAAGGCCCGAAGCUUUGGAAUGCUUUUGCAACUAUUGACGGACAAGAUUUCUACUAUGUGUUAAUAAAAAUUACGCUUGGCGGUGUCGUUGCUUUCAUAAUGGAAAUUAGUGAGUAUUUAGUACUCUCACACACUUCGAGUUUGACAUUGUCAAUCACUGGGAUUUUUAAGGAAAUAUGUCAAUUAAUACUAGCGGUGCAGUUAAAUGGGGAUAUUUUGAAUGCUUUCAGUAACAUAUAA